AUGCCCUCGCCACCUGUGGCGGCCCGCAAGGCGCACAAAUGGUGUCUCCUCCUCGCUGCCCUGAUAUACGCGGGAGGUCGUGGCUUCGUCGCCGAGAGCUAUGCAAUAUGCAACGACAAGGUGCAGCAAGCCGGUUCAGCCCUCCCACGGCGUGCCGAGCCAACCGAGGCAGAGCGCAAGGCAGCUCGGGAUAUGCUCAAGGGGUCCCCUGUGGGCGAGAUGGGGACGUCCAUCGGGCAGGAGGGAGCCAGCACGCUUUACACCGUCGUCGGCGGGCUCUUCCUCUUUAUGCUGCUGUUGACGGCCGCCGUCGUGUCAGGGGCUAUCGGCUGA